AGUAAUUCAAGUCAUAUCUAUACCAAUGAAAUAAAAUAUUUUUUAGAAAAACUUGCGAAACAAAAUGUUGAGCACAAACUUCUCAAUAAUUGAUUACUUUGUGUUCGGUUUCCUAUUAAUCGCCUCCUCUUUGAUUGGAGUCUACUUCUGGUGGAAAUCGCGAAACAAUGCCUCAAACAGUGAAUUCCUUACGGGUAACCGAAAGUUGGGUGUAUUUCCGGUCACACUAUCACUUGUGGCCAGUUUUAUGUCCACAAACACCAUAUUGGGAGCGCCGGCAGAAGUUUAUCAAGUGGGCACUCAAUUCGUGCUCCAGAAUGUGUCCAUUGUUUUGUCCAUAAUAUUGGCCGCCGAAGUAUUUAUGCCAAUAUAUUAUAAACUCGAAGUUAUUAGUGUUCACGAGGGGUCUAUAGAAGCGGGCGGUUUGGGUGAGCUCUGGCGGAUCAACAAAGAAGGCGGUCGUCUUAUAUUCUUCAAUUUCAAGUUUGAUCUCUACAAUCACAACAACAUCUGGAAUGUACUCUUCGGAACCAUCAUCUACUGGUGUGCCGUCUAUUGUGUUAUGCAGACACAAGUGCAGCGAUACUGUAGUAUGGAAUCACCGCAAAAAGCACGAAGG